AACGAUGGAUGUGAAGCGAACCGACACCGGGUUCCUGGCGAUAGCAACAGAGGUGGAGAAUGACGGAGAGAAAGCCUCGGAACCUCAAAAAAAAAUCAAGGACUUACUGAAAGAGUUCCAAGACAUUCUUCCCGACGACCUCCCGGACGAACUACCGCCAUACCGAACGCACCAACACGAGAUCGUGGAGGAACCAGGUUCGAAACCGACCUUCCGAGCACCAUAUCGGCUAAGCCCUACAGAACUAGCCGACAUGAAGAAGCAGAUCGAGUAUCUCCUCGCCGAAGGACUCAUCCGACCAUCCACUUUGCCAUACGGUGCCCCAGUACUCUUCACACCGAAACCGGACGGAAGCCUGCGCAUGUGCAUCGACUACCGAGCUCUCAACAAGCAGACCAUCAAGAACAAAUAUCCGAUACCACGAAUCGAUGACCUGCUUGACCAGCUCCAGGGAGCUACGGUAUUUUCAAAACUAGAUCUGCGGUCCGGAUACUGGCAGAUAAGAAUGGCGGACGAUUCUGUUCACAAGACUACCUUCCAAACUCGGUACGGAUCGUACGAGUAUUUGGUCAUGCCGUUCGGACUCACCAACGCACUUGCAACUUUCCAAGCAGAGAUGAAUCAUAUCCUACGCCCACUAUUGGACGAAUGCGUGGUGGUAUACCUGGACGAAAUCCUCAUCUACUCGCGCGACAUGCAACAACAUGUCGAGCACCUACGACGCGUCUUCGAAAUUCUUCGACGAGAACACUUCUACGUCAAACUAUCCAAGAGCGACUUCGCCCUCGAGAAGGUCCAAUUCCUCGGACAUAUCGUAAGCGCUCAAGGAGUUCAUGUCGACCCCAAGAAAAUCGAAGCCGUGCGUACGUGGAAGACACCUGAGAACGUGAAGGAGUUACAGCAGUUCCUUGGCUUUGCCAACUACUACAACAGGUUCGUGCCACAAUACGUGAAGAUCGCCGCGCCACUCACGAAUCUGCUAAAGAAGAACACGCCCUAUAAAUGGGAGCUACAACAUCAGGAAGCCGUGGAGCAGCUGAAACAAGCACUCACGUCCGCACCCGUACUCAUCUUGCCAGACCCCGAACGCGACUACGUCAUCGAAGCUGACGCCAACGACCAGGCAGUGGGAGCAGUCUUGAUGCAAGACCAGGAGAAUGGCCUGCAACCAAUUGCCUACCUCAACAAAGAAUUACAUGGAGCAGAACUCAACUACCCGAUACACGACAAGGAGGCCCUUGCUAUCAUCAUCGCCUUCAAAACAUGGAGAUGUUAUCUCGAAGGACCCAAGACGACAGUCUACACCGACCAUUGCAGCCUAAAAUAUUUGAAGACGCAACCAAGCCUCUCCAAGCGGCAGGUCCGGUGGAUUGACUUCCUCGAGACACACUUCCACUACGACAUCGUGUACAAGCCCGGCCACAAAAACAAAGCAGACGUGCUUAGCCGGCCUGCACACUGGGACAACGACAUCGCAUACCGGAAAGGAUCAAUGAAGAUCUGGGUACCUAAUUACCCUCCAUUGCGCCAGUUACUACUAGAAGAAUACCACGACGUCCUGUACGCGGGACACUUCGGUAGCAACAAGACGCUCACCGGUAUCGCCAAACACUACUACUGGCCCCACAUGGCAGAUGACGUACAGAAAUUCGUCACCUCGUGCACUACAUGUCAACGGAUGAAGAGCAGCAAGCAGAAAAAGGCGAAUCUGCUACAGCCUCUUCCUAUCCCAGAACAGCCAUGGCAAGUGGUAAGGCUAGACUUCAUCACCGGGCUACCAACUAUCACGAGCGGACAUGACGCGAUCCUCGUCGUCAUUGACAAGUUCUCCAAAAUGGGACACUUCAUCCCGACGCACACCACAGCACGCACCGAGGAGACGGCACAACUCUUUGUUCGCUACAUCAUCUCACAACAUGGCAUUCCAACCACACUCAUCUCCGACCGAGACCCUAAGUUCACCAGUAAAUUCUGGAAAGAACUGAUGUCUCUGCUCGGGACCAAGCUCGCCAUGUCAUCUGCCUACCAUCCGCAGACAGAUGAACAGACCGAGCGCCUCAACCAAAUUGUGGAGCAACUCCUCCGCGCAGCCUGCAAGGACGAUAUCUCCAAAUGGGACUUGCAUCUGCCAGUCCUGGAGUUUGCCUACAACAAUGCUACUCACACCGCUACUGGACAGACGUCGUUCUUCCUCUGUUACGGACGCCACCCACUCACACCUCAACAGCCAGCCAUACCAGCCACAAUUUACAACGCCUUCCAUGUCCAACUCUUGAAGCCCUAUCGAGAUCCCAACACGGUCUUCUCUGGCCGCCAACCGCCGCCGCCGCCGCCCGUCCUCGUCCACGACGAACCCAAGUACGAGGUCGAUCCCUGAGGGUGACCCAGACACCCUCGACAUCCCG